UUGGAUUUCAGAUCACGAACACCAGCCGCUGAAUUCCGCUACGGUGAGCAAACACGAUCCACCACGCAGUCGACAGUUUCACCGCGCUCGAAAACUCCUGCCCCAACUCAGCGCCAAGAAUCCGAUCCGAACAUCCCAACGUCUCGAGCUCAGACGCUUCAAAGGCAACCUAAUGUGACUCAAUCUUUGGAUGCUUGGGACGGAGCGACUGCGGUAGGUUCCCGAAUGCGGCCUUCAUCAACAACCAUCGGCUUCGCCACGCCCAACUAUAUGCCGAUCAGUGCAUUUCAGUUCAACAAGCCCAGUGAUUUGAUCACGGUGAACCUGAUUCGAAAACCGAAUGGAUUCGGAUUCCGCCUGCUUGGUGGCAGCGAGGUGGUGCCUAGAGAGGCCGCAGCAGCUGAUGACGGCCGAAUGCAAGAGGGCGACGAGAUCAUCGAGAUAGACGGACGCAACGUCGAAGACGCAGUGCGACGACAGUCUCUCCAUGGAGAACGCCCUUUGUCGGGAAUAUCUGCAGCUAAUUCUGGAGAGUACGAUGUUACUUUGAAUCGAAGUGACACCGACGGUUUUGGAUUCAUCAUAAUCUCAUCAUUAAACAGAAAUGGAUCCACGAUAGGU